CGCCGCCGCUAGCACCGCUCUGCUGAUCGAGGCUUGACACGCAGCCCAUCGCAUCCGCGACGCACAUGUCGAGACAACCUGACAACGCUCGUCUUCGCCUCUCCACUGAAGCCCUCUCUUCGGACUGUUUCAGGGCCGCCCUCAGCUUCCGGCGCAGCAUGCACUGCACUCGAGGCCACAGAAUAUAUUUUCGGAGACGCUCUGCGAACCCUCCACUUGGGUCCUCUAGCGGCUCUGUGCCGGAAGAGCGUGCCUGUACGAGUGGCCACAAACAAGGCGUCUGCCCUGCAACACCUCUGGAAAGCAGGGCGGCCGGGGCGGCGUUAGCCCAGGGGCGGACAUCGAUUUUCGAACCGCAUUCUGCAUUCAGCCUGUAAGGACCGCGCCCGAGCAUUAUUGCAUCUGGUUUGCAUCAUGGCCAGGGCAUGUUUCUUGCUCGUGCCUCGCAUUUUUCUCGGUAGCGAUGGCAGCCGAACCGGCCGAUGGCGCCAGGAGCCGCUCUGCUCCGUAUCAAGCAGUCCUCCCCCUCUACCACCACUGCGCACCCACCGACGCGCUCUGCGAAACUCGAACUCGUCCUGCCACCCGCGUGCUCCGCACGAUAUCGUCCGACAGCGCAGAGCAACUUUGCAACCAUGGCCGCCAGUCAUCCCAGCAACUGCGCACUCCAUGGCUUCGCCAAGGCCACACAGAGGCCAGCACCGACCCUCAUCUUCUCUGGCCGCCGUAGCUCUCCUUGAGGCUGCAGCAAGAGGCGCAGAAUCCAGCCUCGCUAAUCUCACCGCCCACACAGAAAGUUUAUACAGUCUCCGGCCAGAGAUGAAGAGUCUAGCUCGUGGUCGUCGAACCGAUUGGCUGGCGAAGCCUGACGCCACAGCCACUGACAAGUGGCAGAGCGAGAGAGAGGCAUUAGGCACGUAUACCUACAAUUCUUUACUCUUUCUGCUGUGUUCUCCAAGCUCCCGUUUCUUUGGUCCUCGUUGUGUCACAUCGGAGCACCGUUUUCGGCCGUGCUGGCGGACCCCUCAUCAGUGGGACGUUCCGCAGAGUCGCACAGAUGACGCCGUCGACGUUAGCCCUCCCGCCCCUCUCUUUUCCCCUCCUUCCUCCAUCCAACCUCUUCUCGAGCCCCCCUUCUCGUUCAAGGCCGAACGCGUAAUCGACUGCCGCAUCACUUGCAGCCAGAACCUUCAUCUUGCAUAUGCAUCUCAACAUGCGUUCGAGAUCGGAUCGAGCGACUCUGGCCGCACACCGCCUCUACCGCAUCUCGAAAUGUUGCAACACCAUCGCGAGGCCUCCAGCCCCGCCGUCGUAGCACCCGCGUCAUUCUCCGCUUCCCGGCCUUAGCAUGGCUUAGAUGCCUUUCAUAUGUUUGUGCCGAAAUUCUGAUAUGGCGCCCGAACGGUGUCGCAGUUACUUGAUUGGUUUCCGAACGAAGAGCCUAUGGGCGAUCCAUCGCGUCUUGAAGCAGGGUGGGGCCGCCGGGUGUGAGAG